AUGAAUUUUGGUAAUAGAGUUCCAACAAUUGUGGUUUUAAAAGAAGGUACUGACGCUUCUCAAGGUAGAGGUCAGAUAAUCUCUAAUAUUAAUGCAUGUAUAGCUAUUCAAGAGACAUUAAAACCUACGUUGGGUCCGUUAGGGUCGGAUAUUUUAAUUGUAAGUUCUAAUCAAAAGACAACUAUUUCUAAUGAUGGUGCCACUAUUUUAAAACUGUUAGAUGUCAUUCACCCUGCUGCAAAAACAUUGGUUGAUAUUUCUAGGGCACAGGAUGCAGAAGUUGGGGAUGGUACUACUAGUGUCACUAUUUUAGCUGGGGAGUUGAUGAAGGAGGCAAAACCUUUCCUUGAAGAAGGCAUUUCUUCUCAUUUGAUUAUGAAAGGGUAUAGAAGAGCAGUCAAAUUGGCUACCGAAAAAAUCAAUGAGUUAGCUGUUGAUGUUUCUAAAGAGAACUCAAACACUAGGGAAUUAUUGGAACGUUGCGCAAGAACUGCAAUGAGUUCUAAGUUGAUUUACAAAAACGCUGAUUUUUUUGUCAAAAUGUGUGUAGACGCAGUUUUAGCUUUAGAUAGAGACGAUUUAGAUGACAAACUGAUUGGUAUUAAGAAGAUUGCGGGUGGUUCCAUGGAAGAGUCUAUAUUUGUGGAUGGUGUCGCCUUUAAAAAGACAUUUUCCUACGCUGGGUUUGAACAACAACCAAAAAAAUUCAUCAAUCCUAAAAUUUUAAGUUUGAACGUAGAAUUGGAAUUAAAAGCUGAGAAGGAUAAUGCCGAAGUCCGUGUUGAGCAUGUUGAAGAUUAUCAGGCUAUAGUGGAUGCAGAAUGGCAGAUCAUUUUAGAUAAGUUGAAGCAAAUUGAGGAGACGGGAGCCAAUAUUGUUUUAUCUAAGCUGCCAAUUGGUGAUUUAGCUACUCAAUAUUUUGCCGAUAGAAAUAUUUUCUGUGCAGGUAGAGUCUCUGGUGAUGAUAUGGAUCGUGUUAUUAAAGCAGUUGGUGGUUCUAUUCAAUCUACCACAACUGAUAUUAAGCCAGAAUACUUAGGUACAUGUGAUCUUUUUGAAGAAAUGCAAAUAGGUUCAGAACGUUAUAAUUUAUUUAAAGGUUGUCCAAAGGCUAAGACAUGUACAUUACUUUUAAGAGGUGGUGCUGAACAAGUUAUUGCUGAAGUUGAAAGAUCUUUACAUGAUGCAAUUAUGAUUGUUAAAAGAGCUUUGCAAAAUAAAGUUGUAGUUGCAGGUGGUGGUGCUAUUGAAAUGGAGAUUUCUAAAUAUCUAAGAGAUUAUUCCAAAUCAGUUGCUGGUAAGCAACAAUUAAUAAUCAAUGCAUUUGCUAGAGCUUUGGAAGUUAUUCCAAGACAACUGUGUGAAAAUGCAGGCUUUGAUGGUAUUGAAAUUUUAAACAAGUUAAGAUUAGCUCAUAGUAAAGGUGAAAAAUGGUAUGGUGUUGAUUUUGAAACUGAGAGUAUUGGUGAUAACUUUUCUAAAUUUGUAUGGGAACCUGCCUUAGUUAAAAUUAAUGCUUUGAAUAGUGCCACAGAAGCAACUAAUUUAAUCUUGUCAGUUGAUGAAACAAUUACAAAUAAGGAAAGUUCUAGUGCAAAUGCUAAUAUGAUGCCACCACAAGGAGGUAGAGGUAGAGGUAUGCCAAUGCCAAUGCCAAUGCGUUAA